AUGGAUGCCGAAGAGGAGCCAGAGGUUGGAGAAGACGAAGAAAGAAGAAGAAUGGUCGAUGGAGUCAUAGCCAGCGGUAUGUCAGGAUGCGCUGAAAGUAAAUUUAUGUUUAAAAAUAUUUUUCUUUUCGUCAACUUACGCGCUCAAACCAACACAUGA